AUGGUACCCUCAGUGGCUAAGUGGAGUUUCAUCCUCCUUUUCGUUUUAUUGAAACAUCCUCAACAAGCAAAAGGAUGGAGGAGAGUUCCUACGUUUUCGUACACACGUGUUCUCUCAGCUCCAAAAGGACACUACGUGGAACUGAACUUUUCCAUGCACAGCUACCCGUGGGCUUCACGACCAUGUCUGCGGGACUACUAUCUUGAGAUCCGUGACGGCAAUAAUCAGUCAGCCAACGUUCUUGGUGUAUUCUGUGGAGAUCACAAGACUGCUGUAGUGCGAUCCAGUAGACGAUACUUGUGGUUACGAUUUUUCCCUUCUCGCGAAUAUGAUUUGAAUGGAUACUACAUGGGCAGAUCCUUUAAUCAAACAACAACACCUACCAUGACCCAAGUACCCAAGACACAGACUGUAAUUUUGAACAGAACCUCCAACCUGUGGUGCCCGGUGGAAGGUGCGCCAGCUCCAUACAUUGUAUGGAGAAAAAAUGGUGUUGUUGUUCAAAAUAGUACCAGCGUAAGAUAUCAGCUUGUAGCUGCAGAGGAGAAUGUGAAUUACAGCUGUGAGGUACGAAGAGAUAAUAACGUAUCAAGGAGCGAAAUUAGCCUCAACAUUGAAGAUUGCCCAGGCCCUUGUGAGUGCCACUUUUUGAAGGGAACAUACGGUCUGUUGCGUGUGAACUGUAAAGGAAAAGAAUUGAUGUCAUUUCCAUGGAAAAUUCCCUUAACCACAGCAAAGUUGGACUUGAGUAACAACCAGCUUAAGGACUUGUCACAGGACAUUUUCAGCAACAAUACUCACCUGGUUCAGCUGUGGUUGGACAACAAUCAGUUGAAGGGAUUACCACAAGACAUUUUUAGCAAAAACACCUUGCUGUCGGACUUGCAGUUGAACAACAACCAGCUGAGGAAUUUACCAUCGGGAGUUUUCAGUAACAAUACCAAGCUGGAAAAUCUGUAA